GGCAACAGAUUUGAAUCGCCCGGUAUUGUAUCUAUCAGUCGCAUUUUUAAGCUGCUGUCAACAGAUAUCAGCUGUUGCAUUGUUUUGUGAUAUUAGGACUUCAUAUACUUAGUCUGACUAGGAUUCACACGUUUACAAAAAAGUUUAACGCUAUUGAUAAGCCGAAAAAAAAUUGUGUAACAGAACACUCUAAUCUUUCCGAUAGUUUAGGUCAGUUUUAGGUAUUGUUAAACAUCGUAGACUAAAACAAUGUUGAAUAUUGCCCGACAGUAUCGUAAUGCAUCAAAAGUUACCCCUCUUAUAAGUCGUAAAUUUUCCAGCGAUAAAAGUGCCCCAAAGAAAACAUGUCUUUAUGAUUUGAACGUUAAACAUCAUGGGAAAAUGGUUGAUUUUGCUGGGUACUUUAUGCCUGUGCAGUAUGCAUCUGAAGGAAUUGCUGCAUCUCACAAACAUACUCGUUCACAUUGCAGUUUGUUUGAUGUGUCUCACAUGCUGCAAACCAACAUUCACGGGAAAGACAAUGUUAAAUUUCUUGAAGGUCUAAUGGUAGGUGACAUUCAGAGUCUUCCAAGCAACCAUGGGACUUUAUCUGUUUUCACUACAGAUGAUGGAGGAAUUAUUGAUGAUUUUAUUGUUAAUAAAACCUCGCUAGGUUAUUUGUAUGUAGUUUCCAAUGCUGGCUGCAGGGACAAAGAUUUGUCACUUCUUAACUCAAAAUUAGCACAAGCAAAGAAGGAUGGUCUUGAUGUUGAUAUAGAAAUUUUGGAAGGAAGAGGAUUGCUGGCUGUACAGGGCCCCUUGAUGAUGUCUAUACUGCAACCUCAUGUUGAUAUUCCUUUAAACCAAUUAUAUUUCAUGACGACUUCUGUUGCUACUGUUUGCGGAGUUCCCAAUUGCCGAAUUACUCGUUGUGGCUACACUGGAGAAGAUGGGGUGGAAAUUUCUGUACCGCCGGAAGCUGCAGCUGAUAUUGUGGAUAAGCUUUUGAAUUCCUCAAAAGGGGCUUUAAAGUUAGCUGGACUAGGUGCUCGGGACUCUUUAAGGCUCGAAGCUGGUCUAUGUCUUUACGGAAGCGACAUGGACGAGAAAAUAAAUCCAAUUGAAGCAUCUUUGGCUUGGCUAGUCGCUAAACGCCGAAGAUUGGCUGCAGAUUUUCCCGGAGCAACCAACAUUCUCAAAGAACUUAAAUCCACUACCGGCCGGCGCCGAGUAGGUUUUGUGUCUCGUGGACCACCAGCUCGAGGACACACCCCUAUUCAUUCAAAAGACGGUGAACUGAUAGGGGAGAUCACUUCGGGAUGUCCAUCUCCCAGCUUGCCAGGAGUAAACGUGUCUAUGGGCUAUGUGGAGCGCCCGUAUAUGAAAAAUGGAACAGAAGUGCAAUUCGAAAUUCGAAAAAAAAUGAUUAAUGCUCAAGUAACCAAAAUGCCUUUUGUGCCUACCAAAUAUUAUAUUAAAAAGUGAUUAAUUUUUUAUGGCCCCACGCCUUAGUUCAAAAGUUUAUAUGAGUUCAAUAUAGAUUAUAUAUCUUUA